GACCAUCCUUCUGCUAUGAGUUUUAUUUUGGGGGUAGGGUGGGACCAUAUUUGUGAAAACCAUACUGAUCGAGGCAAGAAGAAACCACUGAAACAGCCUAAAAAAUCAAAUAAGGCAAUGGAUGAGGAUGAUAUUGCUUUCAAACAGAAACAGAAGGAGGAGCAGAGAAAGCUUGACGAGAUGAAAGCAAAAGCUACAGGCAAAGGACCACUCAGUUCUGGAGGUAUUAAGAAAUCAGGCAAGAAAUAAUGAGGAACACCAGAAUGUCAAAUGUGCUGACGUUGCAUCACUUCUCUAUCUCCAGAGGACAGAAGAUUAAUACGCAUCCCCUUUUAGUGAUCUUCUGUUUACAUUUCUGCCUUACCUGUAAAUUGUAUAUUUGUUUAAAAUGCCAAUAAAUUCUCUUUCCUGUUUUCUAA